UCAUAUGUGCUCCUUGUCUAUUUCUCUUAUAUUAUCCUUCUGAAAUGUUUAGCAUUUGAGGACUGAAAGACCUGCCGACUAACCUGGGGACGGCCACUGUUUCAAACAGGAUGGCGGAUGCCAUGGUUCAGAAGUUCUCCUUCCCUUUUACCUGCUUGCCAUGUGACGCCCAGCCCGAUGAACAACCAAUCAUAGAGGAGAAUCAUCACCAUGGCAACCAACUACAGGAGCCAGGAACUCAGGACCCAAGUGACAAACCAAACCAAGAAAUGAAGACCAAGUCUGCACUCAAGGACAAAAAAGAGAACAAGAGCGCCAUUAAAGCCUAUCUGACGACUGACAAAGAGGGAGGGGCCUUACAGAAGAGGGGACAGUGUCAUUCUAAGCCCCGCCCUACUGAUUCAGCACUAAGGAAUGUGUUUGAGAAAUGGGCAAACCUGCAGAGUGAGGAGCAGCGGCCAAGCACAAAGCGCCAGCUCUCUGCAGAGAGCGAGGCUAAGUGUGUGAGCGUGAGGAAGAGGAGCAUAGCAACGGGUGGCAGAGGAGAGCCGGUGAAGCCUCUCACCCACGCUGAUCCUGGCACGCAGCCCAGGAAAGCCUGUCUGCCCAUAAGCUCCUCCUCUCAGAGGAAGCCAAGAGGACAGCUGUUCAGCAGCACUGGGGUCUUCCACAAAGUGGACACACAUGCAGUUAGUGCAGGGAAAGAGCUGAAGGAACAGGGAGUGUUCUCAGCUCAAAGCAUUGCUCGCACAAUCACACAAGGGGCUAGAAAUGAGCUGGAGAAACUCAGGGCCAUAUGGGUUUGGCUCUGCCAUAAUAUCGCAUAUGAUUUGGAGGGGUACCUGGGUCUUUCUCCAAAGCUCUGCACACCUGAAGAAGUCAUCAUGGAGGGACGAGGAGUAUGCAGUGGCUUUUCCAGUAUAUGUCUAGAGAUGUGCAGGGAGGUUGGUAUUCAGUGUGAGGAGGUGAGUGGCUAUAGUAAAGGCAUUGGGCACUGUCCUGGACGCAGCCUGUCGCAAAAGCCCUCGGACCACAUGUGGAAUGCUGUGUGGGUGAGGGAGCAGUGGGGGCUCUUGGAUGCCUGUUGGGGGGCUGGCACAGUCAACAUGGAAACCAAAACAUUCGUCAAGAGGUUUGAUGAUUUCUACUUCCUGACUGAUCCAAGUGAAUUCAUAAACUCCCACUUCCCUGACGACCAGCACUGGCAACUGCUGGACACUCCGAUCUCAAUGGAGCAGUUUGAGUUGAGGCCCCUAAAGACCUCAGCUUUCUACACUCUGGGAUUAACCCUUCUACAGCCCAUACAAUACAAAAUAACCACAGAGGAUGGGGAGGCGACCGUGUCCAUGACCUCAUCCAAACCAUUGACCUUUACCUAUGAGCUGAGGCAGCGGGACAUCCAGACGGGAGUUCCAGGCCAGAGGGAGGUUGACAGUUCCUGUGGCCUGCUGUCAAUGACCCGUCAGGGGAUGAGUCUGCGCCUGCUGCCCCCGGACCCAGGAGACUUCGAACUAAAGCUGUUCGCGCGGGCAGAGGGCGACUCCGGGGCACUACGAUGGGUCUGCUCUCUAGAGCUGGAGUGUCCAGCCAUCCGGCAGAGCCAGCCGUUACCUGCCAACCCCUAUGUGAGCUGGGGUUUAGGGACCAGGGCAGGGGAGCUGGGUGUGAAGGGCUGCAGCGUGCUGAAUGAAGAGCCUGUAGAGGUGGGUGAGGGAGGCGAGUGCGAGGUGAUUCUGCAUACCUCUCGACCACUGAUGAUGGUCUGUGAGCUCACACACCCUGUGCUUGACCCUGCUCUAACCAAGCGUUGCCUAGCAUUGCAAAUAACAUCAGAACGGCUGGUAUGUCACGUGCUAUGCCCUUACAAAGGCUUCUACCGUCUCUCCAUGUUUGUGCGGGAUUAUAGCGACAGAAGUGGGUCUUUUCAGAAUGCAGGUAACUUCUUGCUGCGCUGUAGGGGUCAAGGAGCUGAUCUAAACCAGUUGUACCCCUCUGACCUUGGCCUGUGGUGUGGCCCAGGCAUGCGCACCGAAGCAGCUGGAUUGUCUCGCUUCAGCCACACAGGGGCGUUAGUGAACGCACCCCAGGGACGCUGCAAUAUCACCUUUCAUUGUGCCUCAACAGAGCUGCAAAUACAUGUAGUCCUCAGUGCAGAGAUGAACCAAGCUAAUUCAAAACAGGCCCUCAGUGCAGAGCAGCACCAGAAGAACAAAGUUGAUUCUAAGCAUGGCCCCGGCUCAGAGAUGAGUCAAAAGAAUCAAGACAAGUCUAAGCAGGGCCUCAGUGCAGAGCUGCACAGAGAGGCCCUCUUCCCACUUUCACGGUACGUCCUGAUCACAUCCAUGGACAGCAAGGUGACCGUGAGCGUUUCUGCUCCCAGGUUGGGAGUGUAUCGCCUAGGCUUGUAUGGACGCACACCACCUCAGCAAGAUUACACCCCAUUGUGUGACUACGUGCUGCGGAGCACUUGUGAGAGAUGUGGAGAUCCGUUCCCAUGUGUAUAUUCGGCAUGGGGGAAAGGGUGUGUGCUGCUAGAGCCGCGGUCAGGCCUGCUGGCCCCACGGAGUUGGGUGAGUUUCCGUGUGCGGGUGCCGGUGGCACGGAGAGUGAGCGUUCUGGCAGAGGACCGAGCAGAGCUGAAGAUGAAUAAGAGCAGGGUGUGGGAGGGCGAUGCCUUCACAGGAGGUGCCACACAAGUGAAACUGAUCGCUGCCAUGUCAGAGGCCAGCGACAUGGCUGUCCUCAUGACCUUCAAUGUCCUUGACCUGAAAAGUGAGCUGUGACAAGGAAGAGAAGCUGCACUGACAAUCGUAAAUGGCUAUUGGACAUAUAAGCUGUGUCCCAAUUCAGAGGCUGCCCCCUUCGAAGGACGUGGUCUACGGUGGCCUGUCCUUCAAAGGCUGUGUUAACGUUCUUUAAAGACAGAGGAUGAAACUUUGAUUUUUUUUAACAUUUAUUAGAGCUGAAGAUGCUUCUCUCUGUCAAAAACGUAACAUUGCAUAAGUUUUGCUUUAGACCACCUUGUUUACUUAUAUUUAAAAUGGUCUCUUCAGGUACCAGUUGCUCCUCUGCUGACGCCACCAUGUUCAUGAAUCUUUGCUGGCAUGCAAUGAACCUCAGGAUAUGAAGGCUGGUGAAGGAUCCGCCCAUUGGAUCCUUCGCUGGGAAAGAAUGACAAACUUCUCAGCCUCAUAUGAAUGGUCUUCGCAAUAGGGCAGCCUAGUCGCGCUGCUGUGAUGCAAUCGGCCAUCAAAUGCAGCCUCUGAAGGAAGUAGCCCCUGAAUUGGGACACAAGCAUAGACUCCGUUUACACCAGGUCAGAUCAUGUGCCUUGAGUGUGUUUUUACACUUGGUAGUCAAAUUUGUUAGUCCGACUGAAACAUUGAUUGCUUUAUGACACGUAAUAUGCAAAUCAGCUUAAAUACAACGUGUCCCUUGUUCUCUGCAUUCAAAAGAUGGUUGUUGCCUUAAAAAUCUGAAUUUUAUAGGGCAUUAUUAAUUUCAUUGCACCAGCUUAUACACUUACAUAGUAAUGUAAAGAGCAAGGAGAUGGAUAUUUAUAAUAAUUAGCCACCUGUAUUAAUACAAAGAGGGAACAACAAUGAGACAAAGUGAAGAUUAACCAAACUAGUGCUUUAUCUUAACUAUCUUGAUGGCUGCUAAACCAAACUCAGACCUGAGGGGUAUAAGGAGGGGUGUUGGGCAUUGAUCAUGGCUUGGAGAGACAGAUGCAUUUGCACUGGUAUCUGGCUAAACUGCCUUUCAGGCAGCCUCCUUAAAUGGUUUAAGCAAUCAAAUUGAAUUAUUUUAUGUGUUCUGGGUAAAUUUUCACAUGCAUUAUUAUGUAGAUAAGCUCAAUCCAAAUAUGAUUCUGAUAUUCAAGAUAUGAAUUGACCAGGUGUAAAUGGAAUCAGAGUGCAUUAGAAUAUAGAAGCCAUUAUUUCAUGAACUACAUAGUGCACUACAAAGGUAAUAGCAGGCCAUUUGGGAUUCAGACAGUUUAAUGAAAUAUGGUCAAAACUGGAUAAAAGAAGCUACAUAUAAUUAUUAGGUUUUUUUGGUUGUUGUUUUUUGUUUUGUGCAUUGGAUGUAUAUUUGCUAAAUAUUUUGUCUUGUUUUGC